ACACUAGCGCGUGGUUCCACAACAUCGUUUCUUCAACAUCCAAAAACACUAGGUGGGGAAGAGCCUCCAUGACCUACCACCGCCGGUACCCAUCCAUAACUAUUGGACUGUUAUUGACUCACAAAUGCAACUAACUAUAACAACAAAUCGUAGCCGGUUUCCCGCCGUACACUUUGCUAUCUCCUAUCUCUCUGCCUCCUCUCAUUUUCACUCAUCCAACAUGGCCGCCGUAUCGGAGAAUGCCACCACAGAACCUCCGGUGAUCGACGACAAUGUCAAGUUCGGAUUCUUACGGAAGGAGAUGAACACCGAGAAACUCGCCGGAACCGCUAUCGCUUACGACCGUCAUGUUAUCCUUUGCUAUAAAACUCACGAGACGUGGCCUUCUCGAGUUGAAUCCUCCGACAGCCAUCCGUUCCCUAAGCUUCUCGCUGGAGCUCUUAAAGCUCGUAAGAACGACAUUCCUGUGAAGACUUUAAUGACGAUUUGCGAGGGUCGUGAAGGUACAGAGCUAUCAGAUGGAGAUGUAUUGCUUUUCCCUGAAAUGGUUAAGUAUAGGGGAUUGAAAGAACCGGAUAUUAAUAGCUUUGUGGAUGAAGUUAUUGUGAAUAGAAAACAAUGGUCUACAGGGGUUCAAGAAAAGAUGACAGGUUCACACAUAUUUGUGUGUGCUCAUAGUAGUCGAGAUAAAAGGUGUGGCUUUUGUGGGCCCAUUUUAAUCAAGAAAUUCAAAGAGGAAGCUGAAUUAAGAGGAUUGAAGAAUGUGUAUGUUAGUGCAUGUUCACAUGUUGGUGGCCAUAAGUAUGCAGGAAACUUGAUAAUUUAUAGUGUUCAAAAUAACAAAGUUUCUGGUCAUUGGUAUGGUUAUGUUAGUCCAAAUGAUGUGCCUGAAUUGCUUGAUGAUCAUAUUGGAAAAGGUCAAAUCAUUGAGAGAAUUUGGAGGGGCCAAAUGGGAGUUCCACUUCUAAAGAAAGUUUCUUCAUUGAAAGCGGUUGAACCAUCACUUCCAAAUGGAAACAAUUUAAUCAAUGAAAAGAAUAAUGAAACAAAAGAAACCAAAGAAGAGAAAGAAGAAGAAGAAGAGAACAUUAAAAAAGAGAAAGAAGAAGAAGAUAACAUUAAAAAAGAGAAAGAUUUUGGGAUUGGGGAAGGGGGAGGAGGGUGUUGUCAAGGUUUGAAUGGGUUCUCAUGCUGUAGAGAUGAAAAAGAGGAAAAAGAAUCGAAGAGUAAAAUUGAUUUGUUAUGGAAAAAAUGGGAGGAAAAUGAGAUAGUUACAGUGGCUGUUGUGGUUGGAGUUGUGGUAACUUUUGGUUUGGCCUAUAGCUUUUAUAAAAGGAUAAGAUGAGAAAUAAACUUCAAACUUCAAAAUGAGAUUAUUAUCACCAAACUUAUUAUUGGGUAUACUUUGUAUUGUUGUGUAUAAUUUUAUACGGGAUUUAAUAUAGUGACUCUUCUUUCUUGUACUCA